AAGUUUUCCGUCACAAUAUUUAGAUAAUUAAUGACUGACGUUAACGCUUAUCGAAUGAAAUUGGAAAUUUUAUAAUAAAAUUAUAAGAUCCAAGAUAUUUAUCACACAAAAAAGAAUUAAUGGAAAAUGCUGCAUUUGACACACAGGCGAUAGUGUUUUAUUAACAAAAUUAUUGGUCUCGUUGAUGUUUCCACACGAUUAGAGGAAACCUUGUCACAAGGCUCUUGUAGUUCCUGGUAGUUCCCCGUAAAACUACCAGUUUACAUAAUGACUAGCAUAAAUCAUAUCUUGACGAGUCUGCAGAUAAGAAGUUGCAGGCAAUUUGUCACAAGUGCUUUAUUAUUAAAAAUGAAGGAAGCUUCAGGCGAAUCCUUGGAAAAUGUGCAAGAGUCACAGCGAAUGAAACAGUUCCAUGAGAAACUUAAAUUGCAACCGAUACCAAAAGUAAGACCGCGAGAACGGUUUGUAGACUUAGUGCUAGUGGAAACUGAUCCACGGACUGGAGAACUCGUAACAAAUACUGAGGAGCCUACUAAAUGGGGAGAUUGGCAGACCAGUGGCAGAGUCAGUGAUUUUUAAAACAAAGAUACUGUAUACUUUUCAUAAACUUUUUAUAGAUGAUGAUAUUUCAAUUACUAGAGAAAGAAUCGUCAAACAUUUAAUUAAUUUUAAAAUAACGUAAAAAUCAAGAUUACUUUUCAAUGUGGCAAAAUAUAAAAUAUACAUAAAAAAGCAUGUGUUGCACAAAAAUUUGAUCAGUGAGGUAAUAAAUUAUAUCAGACAAAAGUAAGUCUAUUUGCUAUAAUACCAGUUUUCAGCGGUUACUACAAAUUUUAUUAGUAACAGCAUUCUGUUAUUAUUAAAUUGAAGUGCUUUCUCCUAGAAAGUCUGGCACUAUGGCAAUCUACAUAGAAAGCUAAUUAUACAAAUUAUCGAUACAUUACACACAUGUACAAAAAUAUGCAAUGUUUUGUGAAAUGUUAAAUAAUGCGUGUUAGGACAAACAUGUUCUACAUCAGAAUGCCUAAAUUACUCACUACCAAUGAAUGUAAAAUCAAAUUGUUAACAAAUGCACCAUGCAAAAGAUUGAAUACAGCUCGAUGACUGAAUUAAAUUUCAGAGAAUGAUCUACAUUCGUCAGUGAAAUAUAAUCCAUGUUAGUAACAGCGAAAAUUUAUUUAGCCAAGAUAUAUAAGUCCUCAGGGCUAAAUACUACGCCGUUCGAGUACAAAAAGAAUGUAGUUAAUUCUACCGCAUCAAGAAACGUAUGUACACAAUACUGUAGUAAAAAUUUCGUUUUGUAUUUGUCAGCAUAUCUUGAAAAUCCUUCCGAUUAUAUCGAAAAUUCUUAAAAAAUAAUGUAUUACGAGGUGUUACAUUGUUGCAUAUGAGAUUUAGGAUUCCGUUCGCCUUCCAACCGUUGAACAAUAGCAAAUAGAUCAUUUGAUUAAUCUCACUAUGUUUUGUCAGUAUCCUCUGAGAAUAUUCGAGCAGCACUGAUAAAGGAGUGCGACAUGUUGUAUUAUCAGCAUACCGCUUUUCGCAAGUUUCGUAGGUCCUAUAUAUAUGUACAACUUCCAUUCGUUACAUGAUGCUUCUAAUAUAGGAAGAGUUUGUUUUGUUCAAUUUUUUGAUACAAGAAUAUGUAUUACUUGCGCUAUACAAGAAAGUAUAAAAUUUUGUUCGAAAAGUGAAAAUGAAAAUUAGCAGACGUAUUUACAUAAUGAUGGGUUUUCUAUAUAGUACGAUUUUCUUUUUUAUGUACAUACAUCGUAUACUUAAACAAUAUACGGUUAAAAAUAUUUUGGAGAACAAAAUUUAAUGAAAAUUAAAC